UCACUAUAUUGUACUAGAGAUAUUUCAAUUCACACCUUGUUCUGCAAAAAACAAGCCUCUCAUGUUACGUGAAAAGAAUAACAGACUCCAAAAGUUGUCUCCAAGAAACCAGGGAUGAAAAUUGUUGCUAAAACUGUGUGGAGCCAAAGGGUUAAUGUAUGUACGCUGCACGGCCCACUACAUGAGACGACACAAUAGAGGCGAGCAGGCACACGUGACCUCUCCGCACGCAGCCUCCGCUCCUACGUCACGCCUCCUGGACAGUUCUCGGCCACGCCCCCGACAACGCCGGAAAUGUCCCCGCAGCCAUUUUGUCUCUCUCAUCCUCUUCGGUGUCCAGGCUCAGCCAUUUUAGGCAAACCUUGAAGCGAAUCAAUAACACAACUGCUUAAUAAUUCACCACACCGCUACCAAAUCCAAUCUAUUUGUCGCCACUCUGAACCUGAGCGGCCAUUUCCGUCCCCGGCAGCGUAUGACGAUUAAUAAAAAGAGCGCGUCAUUCCCUGGCUCCAUAUUGGUACUCGCCACAAAGAGGUGUACACAUAUGGCGCCCGCGGCCCCCACCACCUCUAGUAGUACGGGGGAUGUUGGUAACCGACACGUCCCCUCAAGCGACCGUACCACUGCCAGCCUCCAUGCCGCUGUAAGGGCUGAACUAUAAGGCGUCUCCUGCGGCCAGCGCCCCCUGUCGGCCGCUCUGGCCAGGCGCUCCCUCUACGGCUUCCGGUGGGGGCGGGUUGAUAGCUGCCCGCGCCUCCUCUCCCCCUCCCAGACCAGCAGAGGCAGCAGCAGAAGCCGCAGCUCCCGCCAGCCCCUCCCGCCGUCGCCAUUCCUCGCCCGCCCGGCUCUCUCCUUCCCUCCCUCCCCGGGGCCCCUCGCCUCCGGACCGCUCCUUCCUCCCCAUUCCUCCCUUGUUUUUCCUUCCCCCCUCUCCUCCCUUCCCCGGUCUCCGUGCCCCGAACCACCCCGUCCUCUUGGCGGCCUCGUCCUGUGAAACUCGGAAGUCUUGUCGUCUUUUGUGACCAAAGACUGCAUUGUUCAUCUUCUGGCUGUUGCCCUGAUCUACCAGAACUUGUCUCAUCAUGGACACCGGUGUUAUUGAAGGAGGCCUGAAUGUUACCCUCACAAUCAGACUGCUAAUGCAUGGCAAGGAGGUUGGUAGCAUCAUUGGGAAGAAGGGAGAGUCUGUCAAAAAGAUGCGUGAAGAGAGUGGGGCACGAAUAAACAUCUCAGAAGGCAACUGCCCUGAACGUAUUAUUACCUUAGCGGGGCCAACAAAUGCAAUCUUCAAAGCUUUUUCGAUGAUUAUUGAUAAACUGGAAGAGGAUAUCAGCAGCUCCAUGACGAACAGUACUGCAUCCAGCAAACCACCAGUUACCCUACGUCUGGUAGUUCCUGCAAGCCAGUGUGGGUCCCUCAUUGGAAAAGGAGGUUGUAAAAUAAAGGAAAUCAGAGAAAGUACAGGGGCUCAGGUUCAAGUUGCAGGAGAUAUGCUGCCUAAUUCCACAGAGCGUGCGAUCACUAUUGCUGGUAUUCCUCAGUCAAUCAUAGAGUGCGUCAAGCAGAUCUGUGUGGUAAUGCUUGAGUCUCCUCCGAAGGGGGUCACCAUCCCAUACCGACCCAAGCCUUCCAGUUCUCCUGUGAUUUUUGCCGGUGGACAGGUGUCGCGCCAGGCCGGAGGGCACGCAUGUGAGACUGACCUGUGGGAGGGGCGGAGGUCCCACACAGGGGGAGUCUCCCUAGAUGCUGUGGAUCUCCAUGGGGCCUACACCAUUCAAGGACAGUAUGCCAUUCCUCAGCCUGAUCUGACCAAGUUACACCAACUGGCAAUGCAGCAAUCUCACUUCCCUAUGUCCCAUAGUGGCAACACCGGAUUCAGUGGAGGCAUUGAUGCUUCAGCUCAGACCACCUCCCAUGAACUCAGCAUUCCAAACGAUCUGAUCGGCUGUAUCAUUGGACGACAGGGAGCUAAAAUAAAUGAGAUACGCCAGAUGUCAGGAGCACAGAUCAAGAUCGCUAACCCUGUUGAAGGUUCCACUGAUCGUCAGGUUACAAUUACUGGAUCAACAGCCAGCAUUAGUUUGGCUCAGUACCUUAUCAAUGUCAGUCUAGAAACUGCUAAACCCUCCUCCUCCCAGAGCGUCACGACCCCUGACCUUCUCAGCAUCUCUCAACCCUCCACCCCUUCCUCUUCCAAUGCCGCCCCCUCUCUGGUGAACACUUCCACGGCCGGGGGUGGCGAACCCUCCUCAGCCUCCACCUCCUCUUCCUCUUCCUCGGAAACACCUUCCAGCCUCCCUAAUCCCUCGACUGCCCCUUGUGUCUCCAAUCUGCUUGACAUGAAACCUGUCCCGCUCCUGGCUCUAAAUGUCGUGUCCACAGCCUCCUCCACCUCAUCCUCUGCUGCUCCUGCCUCUGCCGCCCUGCAAUACUCUAAAGCGAAAUCGGAAAAGCAGCGCUUCUCUCCCUACUGAGUAGCCUGUGGUUUGAGUUGUCCUAGAAAUUGAACUUGUAAAUGUAAUAUUUUAAUUUCAUUGUCUUUUAUCAUGUUGGAUCUGAUGUUAAUCUCCUUUAUGCUACAAACUAAGCAUCUAGAUGGUGGUUAGUGUGUGAGAUUGGGGUUCUCAUGAUUACUGAUUUGGAAGGUAGAUUCCUGCCUCUUUGUGCAUCCUAACUUACAAAUAGUGUUAGCUGUCUUAUGCCUUUUGAUCAGCAAUCACUGUAUCUCAAUAAAAUAGCCAACAG